AUGAAAAUAAAAGUAAGAACUCUGCAAAACAACGAAGAAGAAAUUAGUGUUGAUAGUGACGACAGCAUUUUGGAUUUGAAGAAAAAAAUAGAAGUGGUAUUACCCGAAAUGAUAUGUGAUAAGCAGAAACUUAUUUUUAGUGGAAAUAUAUUAAAAGAUGAAAAUAAAGUAGUAGAUAUAUUAAAAGAAAAUGAUAUUGUCAUAGUUAUGGGAGGUAAAAAAAUAUUUAAUUCGAAUAAGGGUAAUCAGACAAAUGAAUGCUCAUCAGCAAAUGUUUUAAAAAAUAAAGAAAACACAUCCUUACAUGCCAAUAAUGAGAAGGAAAAUUUUGCUUCAAAUAAAAAUGAAAAUACACUAAAUGAAAGUAAUGAGUUUAAAAAUAUAAAUAAUGCUGAAUCAACCUUAGUCACAGGAGACAAGUUAAAAGAAACCAUAGACAAUAUUUGUGUUAUGGGAUUUGAAAGGGAAAUUGUAAGAAAAGCUAUGAUGCUAGCAUAUAACAAUCCAAACAGGGCCAUUGAUUAUUUAACUAAUGGAUUUCCAGAUGGAAAUGAAAUAAAGGAAGUUGGAGAAAUGAAGGAAAUCGGAGAAAUGAAGGAAAUCAGCGAAAUAAGCGAAAUAAAUGGAACGAACGGAACGAACGGAACGAAUGAAUCAAAUGAGGUAAAUGAUAAUUUGCACCAAAGAGGAAUAAAUAACGAAAAUGCAUCUAACUUAUCAAAUCUUUUAAAUAACUAUAAUUCACGAACAGAUAAUUCUAGACAGUCUUUAGGAGAUAAUCCUGAAUUAUUCAGAAGUUCUCCAUUUUUUAAUAUUAUACAAGAUGUAGCUUUAUCAAAUCCACAACGUCUUCCAGAAAUAUUAGAAAUGAUUGGAAGAACAGACCCUUCAUUUUUAGAGUUCAUAAGAGAGAAUCAGGAGGAAUUUAUAAGAGCAAUUCAAAAUUAUAGUAAUGAUAACACAUAUAAUUUAGAAAAUGAUAUAGUAACAAGUGAUGCAUUCGAUGAUCAAGGUAAUCAAUAUAUUACCGAUCCAAAUAAUGAUAAUUUUAAUAUCCCCAUUACUUCAUUAAAUGAAAAUGAAAUGGAGAGCAUUAAAAAAUUAGAAUCUCUUGGCUUUCCCAAACAUCUAGUGUUAGAAGCUUUUAUUGCAUGUGACAAGGACGAAGAAAUGGCAGCUAAUUAUUUGUUUGAAAACAUGAAUGACUAUGCAUCGGAUUAG